AUGAUUAUUCUUAUUAAAACACCAACAGUAACGUUUUCACUCGAUAUUGAUAGCUCUGACAAUGUAUCAGUACUUUUAGAAAAAGUGAAAAAGAGAGCCACCUUGGAGUUAUAUCAAUUCCAAUUGACGUAUGCAGGUAGUACUAUGAAUAUUCCAGAUGAACCACUUUCAAAUUUCGGAAUCAAAAAAGAAAGUACAAUUCAUAUGAAUAUCAUAAAGGAAUUGACCUAUGACAUAGAAUACAAUGGUACCAUUCAUAAAGUUCCAAUUGUUAAUAAUCCUGGUGUUUUAGUUUCUCAUUUAAAACAAGUAGAUCCAUCGUUUGUAAAUAAAUUAGUUUGUUUCAAACAAGGAAACAAUGAAUUGAAAGACUAUUCACCUUUACAAACAACUGUGGAAACAAACCUGACUAUUUUCACAGAGGUGAAAGAAAAUCCUUUAGCAAGCACCACUUCGAAGCCAAAGGAAGAAGAAAUUCCUCAGAUUUCCAAUGAAGAGUUCACUUCACAUUUCCUUGGAUCUACACUCUCCAAUGAUGUAGAGAUUGUAUUCUGUUUCGAUACAACUGGUUCCAUGUAUUCGGUUUUGAAUGAGGUAAGAGCCAAAGUUCGUGAAACAGUAACCAAAUUGCUAGAGGAGAUUCCAUCGAUUAGGAUUGGCGUGGUUGGAAUCGGUGAUUUCUGUGAUCAUUACAAUGUAAUCAGGAGUUUGAAUUUGACAUCGAAUGUCGAUGUUCUUUGUAAAUUUAUUAUGGAUGUGCCGCGUACUAGUGGUGGCGAUGAAGAUGAAGCCUACGAGUUGGCGCUGCAAAGAGUAAAGUCAAUGUCCUGGUCGAAACACACCUCCAAAGCCAUAGUCAUGAUUGGUGACUCUGCUCCACAUGCACCGUACUACACAACACUAAACAUCAAUUGGCUACAGGAGGUAGACGAUCUCGAGUCACUCGGCAUCAAAAUCUAUGGUGUUGUAUGUCAACAUGAGAGAAAUAGAUUCUUCUAUCAAAUGAUGGCAGAAAGAACAGGUGGAUUAUGUAUAAAGUUUGAUCGUUUUAAUUUGAUUACAGAAAUGUUUUUAGCUAUUUGUUAUAGAGAAUCUUCAAAAGAGAAAUAUCAAGAGUUUAAGAAUCAGAUGGUAGAACAAAAUGCAGGUGGUUCAAAUGAUAAAGAUAUGAAUGCAAUGUUUAGUGAUCUAGAUAAAGAGAAUUUCAAAGUUGGUAAAAUGUAUGAUGAUGAAGAAGCUAAAGAAGAUGAAGCAACAACAACUACAACAACUACAACAACAACAACAGGAGAAGACACAACAUCAAAAGUUGAAGAACGACCUAUUGUUAUUAAGAAAAGAUAUGGUGUGUUGAAUCAAACAAAUAAUAUUUUCCAUGAAUGUGUUAAAUUCAUGUCUAUGGACGAUCGACAGAUGAAAGCACAACGAAUUCGAUUCAAAGUGAUUGCUGGUCUGCCAGUUGGAAUAGAGUCGUAUUCAAGCUAUAAAAACCCAGCUAUCGCCGUGGUGCUCGGGUCUCUACACAUCGGUUUCACUUCAUUCUCAAACAAACUUAUCAAGGCAAGAUUGCACAACAAAGGUAAGCUGGUAUUCCAUGACUACCGUCUAGAUUCGCUGAGCGUACUGCCGUUGAAACCAAUCUUUGUUGCAGCGUAUGCACACGAUUCCGCUGAAUCGUUCGAUGCACUACGCGCCAAGAUCGAUAAAGCCAGAGAAGCACACCCCGAUAUUCCAAUCGUCUUGAUGGGGUUGAAGAGCGAUUUGAAAGUGAAAGAGUCGUCAUCACUCAUCGGUACACUCGGUAGAUCACGAUCAAAAUCGAUGGCGGCAUUGGAGGAAGUAAAGAGACAAGUCACCAAACAUCAGCGACAAUUACUCAUCGAGGAGAAGUCACUCUACGGUGAGAUUGAAUGUACUAUUAAAACCAGAGGGUCUGUUGUCAACGCCGAGCAAGAACUAUACAAGCUUUUUACGAAAUUUCAUAAAGAUAGAAAAUCUACAGAAAGAAAAAACAAAGACAGAAAAAAUCCAGAAAUAGUUAGAGUGGAAUGA